CCCCCCCCAUGGACCCCUCUCAGGGGGGCAAUUGAUCCUGAACCGCUCCAGCUGUGUCCCAACGCCACACCAAGGCCCGUCCGUGCCUGCAACGUCCGUGGGAACUAACCAGCUUGUCCUCCCUAACGACACUUGUUCUCAAACCAUCGACAUCGUCCCCAAUCUACCCACGCCGACGCCCCCGUUCCUCCAUCGACCACACGCAGAGUAGAGGCAUCUAGACACGCGCCUCUCACAGGCGACGUCGCCAUUGCUCUCGUUCCCCAUGACCCGCCAGAGCACCCGCUCCCUCGUCGGUCGGUGAUCCUCGUGCACCUCCUGCACCGGCGCGGUGCGCUUUGUGCGCGACGAUGCAGCUGCCAUGGCAGGGGAACCAGGGCGCAAAUCACGGGCCGCUGCUCCCUACGGCUGCCGGCAACAGUAUUCCGACCAUUUCCGGCUUCACUCAGGACUCCGAGGGCGACAAGCCGCCUUCGAGGCCUCGGCAUGUCAGGACGACUUCGGCGCAUGCGCGGGGCGUUGCCGAUGACUUUUCAUACAUGACCCCGAGCGAGGCGGCCGCCCGGCUGCGAACAUCUCUGACCCAGGGCCUUACGCCAACCGAAGCCCUGACGCGCCUCGGCGACUAUGGCCCGAACGAGAUACCCCACGAAGAUCCCGAACCGCUAUGGCUGCGCUUCGUGAAGCAGUUCCAAGAGCCACUCAUUGUGCUGCUGCUCGUAUCCGCGGGUACGUCCUUGCUGCUGGGCAACAUGGAUGAUGCAGUCAGCAUCACGGUGGCCGUCACCAUCGUCGUCACCGUCGGCUUCGUCCAGGAAUACCGAUCGGAGCAGUCAAUUGAGGCUCUCAACCACCUGGUUCCGAAUCAUGCCCACCUUGUGCGGGGCGGACCAGCGAAGCCUCAGGGCACACCCAAGACGUCGUCGUGGCCGCCCGCCGCCUUGGAGGGUGCGGACGGCUCCUUGAGCCCCGGCCUCAAGACUCCAGCCGAAGACGUUCUCGAUGCAACGUCAGCCAAGGUCAUGGCUGGCCAACUUGUUCCGGGCGAUCUAGUGCUCUUCACUACCGGCGAUCGCAUCCCCGCAGACAUACGCGUCACCAAAGCGGCAGACCUCACCAUCGACGAGUCCAACUUGACCGGAGAGACGGAUCCCGUUCGAGUGACCACCGAGGCUCGAUCGCGUAGAAUCAAUGCCCUUGGCAUCAGCCAUGUCCAGCUCCCUCGCCCAUCCACGCUGUCACCGAGCGACAGCCAAGGUGAUCACGCCAACAGCACCACACACAACAUCGCGUACAUGGGAACGCUGGUCAAAUCGGGCUACGGCCAAGGCAUCGUGUUUGCCACAGGGGGCAGCACGCAUUUCGGUACCAUCGCAACGAGUGUCACAGGGACCGAGAGCCCGCGAUCACCGUUGCAGCUGUCCAUGGAUGAUCUCGGGUCUCAGCUCAGCAAGGCGUCAUUUGCUGUCAUUGCCCUGAUCUCGUUCGUGGGUUGGCUGCAAGGUAAAGGUCUGCUCGAGAUAUUCACCAUCUCCAUCUCUUUGGCCGUCGCCGCCAUUCCAGAGGGCCUGCCCAUCAUCGUUACUGUCACUUUAGCCCUCGGAGUGCACCGAAUGGCCAGACACAAUGCCAUUGUUCGCCGCAUGCCCAAGGUCGAGACAUUGGGGUCGGUGAAUGUGGUUUGCACGGACAAGACAGGCACGCUAACGACAAAUCAUAUGACCACCUCCGAGCUGUGGUGCUUUGGAGCAGGAGGUGCGUUUGACGUGGUAUCAGAUGCCGAGUCUCUUGAAAACAAAAUCAGCCAGGCGUCGAUGCGAAUCCUUCGCAUCGGCAAUAUUGCCAACAACGCACGGCUUGCUCAGAAGUAUACGGACAACGGGGCGGCGGCCACGGCCGUUCUAUCCUCGACCAUCGGUCGCGAAGACGCCGCCCCGUACACCCGAUGGGUCGGGCAGCCGACAGAUGUGGCCAUGCUAGACUUGCUUGAUAAGUUCAACGAGCACGAUGCGCGCGAGUCUGUCGGCCCUCGCGUCACCGAGACCCCGUUCAGCUCCGAGCGCAAGUGGAUGGGCGUUACGAUCGGAUCCGACGCCAAGGGUGAAAAGGAGUAUGCGUACAUGAAGGGCUCCAUUGAAAAGGUGCUCGCGGCUUGUGACACCUACCUUGAACGAGACGGACGCGAAAUCGUGCUCGAUCACGCCCGGCGCCAGGAGGCACUGGCCGCAGCCGAGACCAUGGCGGCCAAGGGUCUCAGGGUACUGGCUUUCGCUAGUGGACCAGUCAACAGAUCGGCAAAGGGACGCUCGACGCCGGGAGCACCACGCAGUGGCACGCCCGGGCAAGACGGCUCGGGUUCUCCGUUGCCGGGAUCGGAUGAGGCAUAUAGGGAUCUUACCUUUGCCGGCUUGGUUGGCAUGAGCGAUCCGCCGAGACCUGGCGUCGCUCGAUCGAUCAGGCGAUUGAUGAGAGGUGGCGUCAAAGUCGUCAUGAUCACAGGCGACGCGGAGACGACGGCUGUGGCAAUCGGCAGGCAACUGGGCAUGACGAUUGCUGUGCCUAGCGCUCAUUCGACAAGCCAGUCGACGGUGAAGUCCGUUUUGAGGGGCGACGAAGUAGACCAGAUGUCUGAGCAAGACCUGGCGCAGGCACUGCAGCACACGACCAUCUUUGCCCGAACGAACCCCGACCACAAGCUCAAGAUCAUCAGAGCGCUGCAAUCUCGUGGCGACAUCGUGGCCAUGACGGGAGAUGGCGUCAACGACGCGCCGGCCCUGAAGAAGGCUGACAUUGGUAUCUCGAUGGGCCGCCACGGGACCGACGUUGCCAAAGAAGCGGCGGAUAUGAUUCUCACCGACGACGACUUCUCGACCAUUCUGCAUGCCAUAGAGGAGGGCAAGGGCAUAUUCAACAACAUUCAGAAUUUCUUGACGUUUCAGCUCAGCACCAGCGCGGCGGGCCUGUCGCUCGUCUUUCUCUGCACCUGCUUUGGCUUCAGGACACCCCUGAAUGCCAUGCAGAUUCUCUGGAUCAGUGAGCGCAACUCUCGGGGAGGCGUGUUGACAGGGUGGAAUUUCUUGCUAACGAGUGAAACGCAGAUAUCAUCAUGGACGGCCCUCCGGCACAGUCGCUUGGUGUCGAAAAGGUUGACCCGGACGUGAUGAACCGGCCACCACGGAACCGGGGCGACCCUGUCCUUACUAGGGCGGUGCUCAUGCGCGUGCUGACGUCGGCGUCCAUCAUCAUGGUUGGCACGAUGCUGAUAUACAGCCGGGAGAUGCUGGCGGACGGACAGGUGACGCGACGGGACACGACUAUGACGUUUACGUGCUUCGUCUUCUUCGACAUGUUUAAUGCGCUCAGCUGCCGGUCUGAGUCCAAGUCCAUCUUCCGUGGCGAGAUGGGUCUGUUCGCGAACAACCUGUUCAACUGGGCCGUGUCCCUCAGCCUGAUAUGCCAGCUGCUGGUGAUAUACAUGCCAUGGUUGCAGGAGGUGUUCCAGACCGAGGCGCUCAGCUUCGGCGACUUGGUUCGAUUGGUUGCGCUUUGCAGCACCGUGUUUUGGGCGGACGAGCUGCGAAAAUACCUGAAGUACGGCAAGAGGCGUUUGGGAAGCGGGUACAGCCAGGCGGUGUAAGAAAUAGGUUUGGGUUUCUGGUGGACGGGCGGCGCAAUUCCAAAGGCUCAUAUCCCUUGGACGGGUCUGGUGUCGGGAGAGGUCGGUUGUGUAUUGAUGAUGCUACUACAUAGAUCUGGCGGCGGGGGGUGUGGUCCCUUUUUGCAUACUAGCCUCGUGCUGCUGUGUCGCGUGCACAUCAGAAUGUAAAUCUGUACAAUCAUGGUGGCGUGCGUGGCCAAGGGUGUUGCAGGUGCCUGCCGUCGGCUGGAGGUUCCGGGUUGCCCUUUGACUGGCGAUACCUUAUUCGAGGCCGGCUCGGGCGUCCGCCCAUCUUACCUUAUUUACAGGCAGGUGGCCGCUGGGUCGGUGGGCAAUCGCUCAGGGAGUGAUUAGUAGGUAGUGGGCUGACAGUGGAUGCUGCCCGGCC